GCUGCUAGGAAAAGAAGGAAAGCUGAAAGAGAUGGAAGGAGGGCCAGACGAAAGAGAGAGCGAGAAAAGAAAGGAAUAAAGGAUCAUAAGGACGGCAUGUCAACUGAUGAUGAGCAGAUUAAUUCAGAAGUGGCAAAAUUUAAUACCGAAAAAGAAAGGUUAACAAAUGACAUAAAGACGGCAUUUGAUGACGUCGUCGAUGAAUUCUGUAACAUACCACAAAUUAUCUCCAAGAUUGAGAGAUGGAAGAAGGAACAAAAUGAUUCAUACGUUCAAGCUUAUAUAGGUUUGUGCCUUCCUCGAUUUCUCACUCCAUUGAUCAAAGUUCAGCUGGCUGUUUGGAAUCCAUUAGAGCAAUAUUGUAGAAACUUUGAGAAGCUACCCUGGUACCAAGAUCUACUCAACUAUGGCACCAUUAAAGAAAAUUCAAUAAACAAAAUUGAAACUGAAAGUAAAAGUUUGGAAAAACCGAUCUCCCAAAAUAGUAACAAUAAUGAUGUUACCGUUAAUGGUGAUGACCUUAGCAGUACUACGACUACAACCACAACGGCUGCUGCUGCUACUACUACCACUACAACGUCAACAGCCAAUGAUAAAAAUAGUGAUAAUAACGUUAAUGAUGUUAAUGGUAGAGGUAAAAUGGUCUAUGAUGAUGCAGGCGAUGAAGAAGACAUGGACAUCAAACUUAUACCAAAUAUAGUAGAUAAAUUACUAUUGCCUCGGAUAAAUGGAUUAGUGGAGAGUGUCUGGGACCCGAUGUCCCUGCAACAGACUACAAAUCUGUCCAACGUCAUCAAGCAGGUCACUGUCGACUAUCCAAUUGAGGCUGCACAGAGCAAAAGUUUGCAGUCACUCAUCUGUUCGAUUAACAAGAGGAUCAUGAAAUCCAUCAACGAUGACCUGUUCAUCCCACUGUAUCCCAAGAGUGUCCUGGAGAACAAGACAUCAGAGUCUACAAUGUUUUUUAAUAGGCAAGUUUAUUCUUGUCUGAAGCUGAUGAAGAGCAUUGUACUUUGGCAGAAUGUCAUUUCAGAUCAGCAACUACAGUCGUUGACGCUAGAUAAGAUACUCAACAGGUACCUUAUGAUUGCAAUGUCCAGUGCACCAGCCAACAUCGAGCUAAUUUCACUCUGCCAAAAGAUAUCCCAGCUGAUACCCCAAGAGUGGUUCACUGAAUACAUGGAGGGCAUUACAUUACCACAACUUGAAAAUUUCUGCAAAUUCAUCGUGACCUGGGCCACUAACCUCAAGGCUCAGAUGAAAUCUAACUCCGACGCUAAAGAGCAGAUAAAGCAGUUGGGUAGGAUCCUCUUGAGACUGCAUGCUGAGGCCCAUGCGACAGCCCUAUCUAAAUUGAUCGGCUUCAAAAUAACAAUCAAUUAAU